AUGGCAGUCGAGGCGAUUCUGGAAGCGAACUUUGUUCGUCUCCUACAUUGCACGGAAGGUCUUGCAGCUUCGAAAAACUUUAAUUACGAUGAAUUUGCGGAUUAUUAUCAAAAGCUACAUGAACUUCUUCGUAAUUUAACCGAUUCUAAGUUAAGACCUACUGCGGAAUUUCUCCACAUAUAUAAAUCGCGGGUAGAUCAACUCUCUGCUGUUAUAGAUAGGCACAAGGAACAUGAUAAUGAUGAAACUAAUAAUUCCAAAAGUGAAUAUUUAAAGAGUAUACAUAAAUGGUUGCAGUACGAUUCAGAUGCAGUCGAAAGGCGUAAUCAAAUGCUAAGGGAGUUCUUUUUCCCUCUUGAUCCCUCUGAGUCCAUAAAAUGGCUCGAUCAGGAUGAUAAAAUCCCUUCCCAGAACAAGGAACAUUGUGAGAGUUAUUCCAAUCAAAACAAGUCGAAACCCCUUCUAUCACGCUUUCUUACGGACGUUCCUAACACUUGUACAAGACUAAGAAACUUGGCUGAUCAGGAGGCAAGACGUGGCCUAGGCUUGGAUGAAGAUAGCAAAUCACAGAACAUGGCUAAAACGGGUGGAGUUCUUGAUGUUGAAGUAUUGGAACGUGACAAGAUUGCCGAGGAAAUGUUGUCGCUAACGGAAGAAUUUAAGCUAACCCAAUUGGCUAUUGGUGAUCGAAUUCGUGCAGAUAUUGAUGUUCUAAGCGCUUCGAGUAAUGUUGCACAAGCCAAUGCCGAGUCGCUAGCCUCCAUUUCCCGACGUGUCCGGGAAGAACUUGGCAGCAAAUUUGGUCUCUUUAUUUGGAUUCUUUUUCUCCUCACUCUAGUUGUCUUCUUUUGGAUGAUUUUUUUCAUUAAACUCACCCCGAAAGGAAUCCGAUGA